GCGCCCCGCCCCCCGCUCGCUCGCUCGCUCGCUGUCAGCUGACGGGAUCACGUGAGCGGCGGCCCACGUGACCCGGCCGGGCCGGCGGAGCAGCGCAGAGCCGGGUGCCGCCAUGGCCAGCCAGUCGCAGGGCAUCCAGCAGCUGCUGCAGGCCGAGAAGCGCGCGGCCGAGAAGGUGGCCGAAGCCCGCAAGCGAAAGAACCGGAGGCUGAAGCAGGCGAAAGAAGAAGCCCAGGAAGAGAUUGAGCAGUACCGUCUACAGAGGGAGAAGGAGUUCAAAGCCAAGGAAGCAGCUGCUCUUGGAUCUCAUGGCAGCUGCACCACAGAAGUAGAGAAGGAGACCCAGGUGAAGAUGAGCGCAAUCCAGGGCAACUUCCAGAAGAACAGGGAGGAAGUCCUGAAUAACCUGCUGAUGUUUGUGUGCGACAUCAAACCGGAAAUCCAUGUGAAUUACCGCAUCAAUGGAUAGUGGAGGGGGAAGGAAUGGGUCUAUGGAAGUGUUAGCAAUAACAGCUAUGCUUCAGAUGAAGUGUACAGCCCUUAGACUUGCUAUAGCCCUGUGUGCUUCUCGUAGAGAUGUUAAAUUAUUUCAGUAAGUUGUAGGCUAUCUUGUUGGAGAGACUCUAGUUUACCUUUAUAUGGAUUCAGAUCUUAUCCAAAGAUUUCAUGGCCAUGUCUCAAAUAUGCAUUAAGUGUGAUCUAGGUAUUUAAGGGGAACGUUAACAUUCUGUGCUUCUUGGUGGGUGUUAAAAAUCGGUUUUCCUUGCUCAAAAAUGUGGUGAGAUGCCGGACAGGUUUAAAUUGCAAGCCUCUGAGUCUGUACCUAUUGGAAAACACAGCUCUGAUGGCCUCAUAGAGUGGAGUUUGUUACGGUAGUAGUGGUGGUAACAUGAAAAUAGGGUUAAGCCCAGUAAGGGGAAAAAAAAUCUUCUGGGUGUGCAGUCCUGGCUAGUAGUCCUCAGGAGCUUGUGAAUGACUGUGUCUUAAGCACCCUCUAUAUAUUCUACUGUUAACUUGAAUUAGAAGCCUGGCACUAUGAUAUUUGAAAGUAAAGAAUUUAUUUAACUCUG